CGUCAGUGAUCACGUGGUACAACCACGGGAGGAAACGAGACUUGAGGCAAUCGGGAGGUAAAACUACAAAUUUCCACAAGAAUACCUGCUGACUAACGAGGAUGGAGGACCCCCCAAGUCCUGCCAGUAACCAUAACUGGGAACAGCCAGAUCAGAGCCAAUUUGUCACAGCAUCCUCGUCCUCAAUGAAUCCAGCAUCGCCAGAACCGCAACAUCCACAGCAGUAUGAAACCAACAACGCGCAACCCAUGCAGGCUUAUAACCAGGCUGCUGAGUAUGAGGAGACUCACUACCAUUCUAUGAGACCUGCGGCUACAUUCUCCGGGGAGUACAGCGGAUCCCAGUCAGAUGUGUACCAGGCUGCCCACUCCACGUACGAGAGGAUAUCCCCAGUAGACGACUACCGCGAAGUGGCAGCAGCUGCAGGGAGUGAUGGGAUAUCGUCCUACUCCACGAUUCAGCCGGCGGAAACAGCCCAGGUUAUACGUAUGUCGGCUGUAGACAGCAGUUCCCUACAACAACAGGGUUAUCAAGUCCAUCAAGUGGUAUUGGACCAAGAUCACCGUGUAGUGGCUGUACAGAGAGUUAUCUCCCCUGCUGACUGCACCGUCAGCCAAUCAUCUCUCAGCCUCAGACAAGAUGGCUCCGAGGCACAGCCCAACACAGCUUUACUGCCUGUUCAACCGCAGCCAAGUGGUGCCCCGUCCUAUGUGACAGUGCAUGUGACGUCCAUGCCACAGUUUGCGUCACACGGCGAAGUGAGCACCUCGGGAGACUCCCCUCUCAUGUCACAGUCGGCCACACUGGAGGACAGGGACACCCACAGAGCGGAUGGCCGAGACCUUGACAGUCUGAGUGGGGAGCCAGACACCACGCAAGAGGAUGUCCAUGACUACAGCAAUGCACACGCAUCCCGUGGCUACCUGCACCCCUCCACCUCCUACACCUCCACCACCUCCGCCAUGGACUCGGAGGCCCUGCACUCCACCAUGCCAGGACCCUCCUCCCUCACCACCUCCAGCAGCCAUGUGGUGAUGGACGCCACCAUGGACAGCAGCCACCUGGCCUCCUCUUCCUCGCACGAGGUGGCCAUGAGCACCUCACUCGACACCUCACUCCACACGCCAGGGGACGUCAUCGUCAUGGAGGCCGGCAUGGAUAGGUCAGUCGGGAGCUCAGCUAUAGGACCAGACCUAGCCCAGGCGGUGGCGGACAGCAUGGUCACUGGCAGCGAUGCAGCUCUGGGGCAGGUGUACAGCAGGGUCAUGGACGACGACAAGGAGAAUGACCCUCAGUCAAGUCAUGGCCGAGUCAGUGCGUCGGUGAGAAAGUCCACCCGUAUUGCAACAUUAGACCAGGAGCAGGCCUCCACCUCCUGGCGCCGGCGCCGCCACACCUACGUCCCCAAACCCUACAACUCGGAUGAACUGUGGUGUGAGGAGUGCAUGACCACGUACCCGACGGAGUGUCCUGUCCACCGACUGUCCAUAGUGUUGGACAAGGUGGUGCUGUCUCGGGCAUGGUCAAGCCUGCCGCCACAACUACAGAUCUACCGCCUCAGUGAAACAGGAGGGGCAGAACUAGGAGUGUUUGCCAAAAAGCCAAUCCCCAAGUAUACCCAGUUUGGUCCUUUUGUGGGAGAUCUGGUUGAUUCUCAGGAGAAAGUCACUGUGCACAAAUUUCCACUGAUGCUGGACCGGAGUGACAGCACACUGGCCUACUUCGAGACCUCUGAUGAGAACAAGUGUAACUGGAUGAUGUUUGUGAGACCCGCAGAGAACUUCAUGGAGCAGAACCUGGUGGCAUACCAGCACGGCCAGGACAUCUUCUUCACGGUCGCCAAACCCAUCGACACCCGUCAGGAGCUGAAGGUGUGGUACGCAGCCCACUAUGCCACCAGGAUGGGGCUGAAGACCCAUGACAUGACACAGGAGGACAGAGAUGCACUUGAUGAGCAGGAAUACCGAUUCCCUUGUUACGAGUGUAACAAACGCUUCAAGACAUCUGUGGCACUACAGCGCCAUCUGCUGGGUCACGAGGAAGGCACUGCAAACCAAGGUGAUGAUGAUGAAUUUGAUGAAAAGGUUGAAGUCCGCAGCAAGGCCAAGAAGCGGUUGUUCACAAAGGGAAGUCUCUUCAAGGCCCGGGCUAGAGCAGGGAAGAAGGAUGGUCUCGGAGAGACAUCUGGCUACCAGUGGAAGAAAAAGUCCACCAGUAUCUACCUCAACAAAACCCUGAAGAAGUAUCAGCGGCGACCUCACACGGAGAAGAUCCGGCAGACCAUCAAAUCUCUCUACAAGAAGAAGGGCAAGGACACUGGUGGGAAUGAGUGGGUGUGCAUGCACUGUGACCUCACCUUUGACAACUCUAACCUCCUAAAUUUGCAUACACUGACCCAUGCUGCUGAAGAUGUCGGUUUGGAUGAAAUCAAGAAAUUUGCAUGUGAUGUCGGAGAAAUGCAGAACGCCAACUCUGAUAGUGACAUGCGCACUGAGGAUGGUGAAAUUGUUAGCAUGGAGACGUACCUGGCCUGUCCAAUGUGUCACCGGCAGUUUGCUAACAAGAGAGAUCUCAUUGACCAUGCCUCUGAACAUGGAAAAAGCAAGAAGAAAUUGCUAAAUCCAAACAGGCCUCACAAGUGUGAAAAAUGUUGGAAGGCCUUUGGGUCUCAGGACCGUCUCCAGAAGCACAUGUUAUGUCACGGUGAGGAGGACAGCAAGCCCUUGCAGUGUGAUGUGUGUUACAAGCGCUUCAUGAACAACUCCGCACUGGCCUGUCACAUGAAGACACACAGUGACAAGAAGUACUACGAGUGUCCCAUAUGUCGUCUUGGCUUUGACCAGAUCACUACCAUGAAGAAUCAUAUAGUUCUCCACGCUCAAAGUGGAUAUUUCACAUGCCCUGAGUGUGGGAAGCAGUUUGAUGAUUAUCAUAUUAUUCGCAAACACAUGAAGGCGUUCCAUUCUGAAAAACGUUACCCCUGCCCUGAGUGUGAUAAAGUGUUUCCUCGACAGGACAAGCUGAAGCUUCAUAUGCUAAGACAUUCGACUCAUCGUGAGUUCAUGUGCGAGAACUGUGGGCGUCAGUUCAAACGGAAAGACAAACUAAAGGAGCAUAUAAAGCGAAUGCAUUCUUUAGAGCGGGAGGUGAAAAAUGCUCACAAGGGUGACAGGUCUCCAUCCAAGAAAUUCAUUCCAAAAGUGUCUCCAACUGACUAUCAUAGGUUUAUCUACAAAUGCCACACCUGUCUCUUAGGGUUCAAACGACGGGGAAUGUUGGUGAACCAUCUCGCCAAAAGGCAUCCCGAGAUUAAGCCUGACCAGGUGCCGGAACUCAAUCUCCCUAUCUUGAAAACCCAGCGAGAUUACUAUUGUCAGUAUUGUGAUAAAGUGUACAAAUCAAGUUCCAAACGGAAAGCUCACAUCAUCAAAAACCACCCUGGUGCAGAUCUGCCCAUCAGCAGCCGGAAGAAAUGCCUCAUCCCAGAGAUCCCUGGACUUCCAAACCCGACCUAUUCCCAGACAGUGGGCUCCAUCACAACCAUGCCCCAUUCAUGCCAGUUCUGUCAUAAGCAAUACGCCAGCAAGGCUAAACUUAUGCAACAUCAAAGGAAGAAGCAUCCUGACUUUGUACCACAGUUGCCUGAACGACCAAAGAUGAAAGAUGAACUUCCUCUGCUGGAACCUGCUCAGCAGCCUGAGCGUUAUGAGGAGGUGACCGCAACAGUCCAGGGAGCUCAGCCCGAGACCCUGCAAGCUGCUGACCUGCUGACCCAGGCAAUGAGUGAGCUGACCCAGACACUGCAAGAGUACCGUCCGGGGGAGUUCCACAUCACAUCCCGCCUCCCAACGAUGGUGAUCACCCCGGCCCAGCACCCCAGCCAGCAGCACACCACCAUCGAGCUCAGCCAUCUCGGACACGCGCUGGCACACACACAGUUUGCUCAGGUUGCCACUUCAGGGGCAACAGUGAUUGCUGCAGCACCACCUCCAGCAGGCCAGCAAGCAAUUGUUGCAGGGCAUCCUGUGUCAGUGUCGGUUGUAACAACCAACCCAGGACAAACUCAGACUAUUCAAGUCCCAGUGUCAACAUGGGCGAAUUAUCAGACUUACCGAUAGGGAGGCUGCCCUUGCUGACUUGCUGGAACAAGAUUUAGAGCAUUGAACAACUCGCAUAUCUUUUACCAAGAACAUUGUUAGCGUAGAUCCUCUAUUUCAGGCUAUGAUUUGAUAUUUUGACAAUAUUUGGCAACACUUUUCCAUCUAUGUCUUCUUCUAUGGACUUGUGUCAAAUGGGAUCAUCUUUCUAAUUACUUGUUAAUCAACUCAAGAUUAUAUGGAACUUGUAGUUCUUGUAGUGUGCAUGACACACCUUACAGAGGAUAGCAUAGCCACUGUCUAACCAGAUAACAGUCAAUCUGUAUAAACAGGCUACAGGAGGUCUCCUUACAUCACAUUGCUGCUGUGUACAUACUGGGGACAUGUACAGUGACCUGGCCAUCUGAAGUGAAGGGGAAUGCUCAUAAAACACAACUCAAAGUCAUCACUACGUAUUUUGUCAAAUAAAGAUCAACACAGUUGCAGAAGCCAUCGUUCGGUUUAGGUAAACAGAGUUACCCCCCUUCCCUAUCUUGACUAGUUUUUCUUUAAUCAUUCUGAAUACAGCUGUGUGUCAUCAGACGAGUAGGAUGCAGGGAAUUAAAGCAUGUUUUCUUAACUUGGUUUUCUAGUAGUGAUGUAUUAUUUAUAUCCUUUGGGUUGUGAAUUUAAUGAUAACCUUGUGACUCUAUUCUUGCAGGGCCUCUGCCCACGUAGUCAUAUAUGUUGCAGCUGUAUUUUCAACAUAAAUUGUAUGGUUGUCUUGUAGCUAUGCUAACAAUUCUUUUAAUAUAAUGUUGCAUUAUGAUAUUAUGACGAAGUGCAGACAAUCGUUUGAUUUCAUAUUGUUGUGUACCUAUUUCAAAAGCAAAUUGGAAAAUGCAUCCUGUACAGUGCUUUUUUCUCAAAUGUCUGAACACUUUGUCUGCCAACAAAUAUGUGCUUACAUAUUUAUUACGUAUUAUCAUGAUUAUGACAAUCAGAAAGUGUAUGUGGAAGGUUGAUCUGUUUUGUUAAAGUUGUUUAUUUAAUGUGUUUGUUAUAACCCUGUCUGAGCAGAUAUGAACAGUUGAGCAAGCAUUCUUCAAGGACGUUCAGUUGGUAUCUGAUCCAGACAGAGAUAUUAAGGCAUUUUUGUUAUCAAUCAAUGUAGAGAUUCAAAAUGAAUUUUGCUGAUGCUAUGUAAAAAUGUGUGAUUACAUUCUGCUUGUCACCCUUGAUUACCCAGCAUAUCUCGGGUCCUUUAUGACAGGUGUAUAUCAUGGUGGAUUGGAGAUGUAUGAUACAGUGGAUAAUCAAGGAUGUUAGCUUGUAGAUCUUUAAACUAAUUCCACAAGUCAAGGCCUGGCAAAAUCAUACCAGUUAUAUUCAUAAUAGACAAUGUGGUAUUUCAUUUUUGGUAACAUUUCUUUGGUUGAAUGACAUGUUUUACCAAGUUGACAGUUCUUUGUUUGCAAGAUAUGCUUGCUUGAGAGUUACGUGGUACUGAUGUUACUCUUCAGUGUAAUAAAACCUUACAUCUGA